CAGGGAUUCUGCAGCUGCUGUGUGUUCUUCUAUCUGUGCUGUGUUUAAUCACCUCCCCCCCCUACUCCCCUUUCCUGAUUACCUGUGAAGUAUGUAGGGAAAUCUGCAGGAAAAAAAAAGAUGAAGAGGAGGAGAUCAGACCGCUGUUGUGGAGGGCACAGGAGGAAGAGGAGUUCCAAGAGGCUGAAAAGGCGCAGGGAUGAGCUGAUGGAGGAGGAAGAUGGGGAGAUUGAGGAUGAGUGUGUUCAAGAUGACAUUUAUAUGUCUCUGACUGAUCGUCUUUAUUUUGCCAUUCUCUGCUGUAGGCCAAAGAACACAUCAAGCACCCAUUAUUUCUCCAUCGACGAUGACCUUGUGUAUGAAAAUUUCUAUGCGGAUUUUGGACCUCUUAAUUUGGCCAUGUUGUACAAAUACUGCAACAAGCUAAAUAGAAAAAUGAAGUCCUAUUCACUGACUAAGAAGAAAAUCAUUCAUUACACCUAUUGUGACCAGAAAAAGCAAGCAAAUGCUGCCUUUUUAAUAGGAAGCUAUGCUAUAAUGUAUAUGGACAAACUCCCUGAAGAAAUGUACAGGCUUUUACAAGUGGGGAAUAUAAACUACCUUCCAUUUAGGGAUGCGUCAUUUGGUACCUGUUGCUUUCAUUUAACACUCCUUGACUGCUUCCAUGCUGUCCACAAGGCAUUGCAGUUUGACUUCUUUAACUUUGAAACAUUUGAUAUUCAAGAAUACCAACAUUAUGAGAGAGCAGAAAAUGGAGACUUCAACUGGAUAUUACCAGGCAAAUUUUUGGCUUUUAGUGGACCACAUCAGAAGAGUAAAAUUGAAAAUGGUUACCCAAACCACGCACCAGAAGCCUAUUUCACUUACUUCCGAAAACACCAUAUCUCCACCAUCAUUCGCUUGAACAAGAAAAUGUAUGAAGCAAAGAGGUUUACUGAAGCUGGAUUUGAGCAUCACGAUCUGUUUUUUGCUGAUGGAAGUACGCCAAGCGACUCCAUUGUCAAGAAAUUUCUAAAUAUUUGUGAAAAUGCAGAUGGAGCCAUAGCUGUACACUGCAAAGCUGGUCUGGGCCGCACUGGUACUCUUAUUGGCUGUUACAUCAUGAAGCAUUACAGGAUGACCGCUGCAGAAACAAUUGCUUGGAUCCGGAUAUGCAGACCAGGUUCCGUGAUUGGACCUCAGCAACACUUCAUGGUGGACAAGCAAAUGGGUCUUUGGAAUGAAGGGGACAUUUACCGCAAAAAGUUAAGAGAGCAGGAAAAUGGGAACUCCAUGGCAGUCACCUUUAUCCUUUCUGGAGUGGAUGACAUCUCUAUUAAUGAUAAGAGAACAUCUUGUAAAGAAGACCUAGAUCUGUACAGUAGUGAUGAUGAAGAAACCAUCAAAAUGACACAGGGUGAUAAGCUCCGUGCCUUGAAAAGCAAGAGACAUGUGCGAACAUCAGCUUCUGCUCCUUUGUCCGUAAUUCUACAGACCAGUGUGCAAAGCCCCAAGUCAGAUUUAUGUGGCAGUUCAUGCAUUGCAAAAAGGAAAAGCAGGUCUUCUACUGGAAGCAGCUCUUUGAGAGGUGUGAUUCCUGAGAGGAAGAGAAGGAUUGCUUUGCACCAAAUGCGCUUAAUGAAAUUAUGCAGUAACUCUAUUCCAAGGACAAGAACAGUGUUGCGGUAAACAAAACGACAGACUUUAACAAAACAAGACCAGACAUUAGAAGAUACAAUGUUGAAUAAUGAACGUAAAAUCUCAAAUCUGCCUUUCUUCUACAAACCACAAUUUACUGUUUGCAGAAGCUAUUCCUGCUGGAGCAACAAGAACUAAAUAAACCACGCUUUAAGAGCAGUUACUUCGUCACAAGACUGAUCAGACCUCACUGUCGUGCUGGUGGUCUAAAGCAUAUAUAUACAUUUGCUUGCAUGUUGAAUGCACUGUGAUGGCAAUCAUUUAGUGUGGUUGAACGAAAACAACUUGGCACUAAGUUUCUAGUGGUCUAUCUGGUAACAAAUACUAUAUAUAUAUUUUUUUCUUACUAUACAUUCCAUCUUUUUUGUGAUUGUUUGCCAUCUUAUAGAUUUUCCUUGUUUUAAAAGGAAGCUUUCUGUGUAUAUAGGACUUAUGUAAGUACCCCAACCUUUUUAAUGUUCUUAAAACUGUUGCACCCCCCUCACCUAAAACCAUCUGCAAGUUAUAAGGUGUUGAAUACGGAGCCUCUGCUAUGCACACAAGCAAUAGAAAAGAAGCUUGGUCUCAUCACCGAGGCAACCGUGAUGGGGAUCUCCACUUGUAACAUUACAUAUCCACCUACUUUAUUGAUUUUUGAAUCUUUCUAAUAGGGUCAAGUACCCAAAUGACCAUGCACAUUUAUGCCCAACCCUCCUCCAUAUAAGAGAGCACAGCGACGGAUCUCUAUUCUUCAUACUGAAUGCCUAGGUGGGAAUGUACAAAGAGAUUAGCGACUGGGCAAAACAAAGACCAUGUUGACUUUGGCAGCUAUGAGAAAAGGGAAGCAACAAUUAUAUUAUCUGGUACUGAAAAAAAUGUAUUGUGCAAGUCUGAUACUAUAGUCUAUACAUUAGCCUUAUAGUAACGAUAUCCACCUUUUGAAUGUGUUUUUGUUCUUUUAUUUUGUAUUUUGGAAGUACAUUUUUGUUUGUUUCCUGUGGUACAUAUAUAAAGGCUUUUGAACCAAAAAGCUUUAACAAAAUGGAAUGGAAAUUGUUCAGUACAAAUUAGAGUUUAUUUAAUUUUAAUAAACUUUACAAUUUUUAUUAAGCCAAAUGGGAUGUACUAAGCUACUCAGUAUUACAUUUACACCACUCCACCAGCCAGUCAAGUGCAUCUAAUCGUUAAUGAUGGAAGAACACAGAGGCUGCAUAGUCCCACAAUGUUGGGGUUAACUAUACUAUACUAUGUUUAUUUUGUUCUAAUUUAAGAUGCAGGUUUGACCAAUCAAGAAUAACAUGUGAUCACCUUACCCCCUAAUACAAAGGAUUUAUCAGACAGGAUGUCACUAUCAAGUGGAUUAUGACUACCACAAGUAGCUAGCCAUGAAACCUAUUUCCACUAACUCUAAUAUGCAAAUUUGGGAUUAGCUUGCAAGGGUUAUCAGUUGAGAAAAU